UCGUUCAAGACUGCUUCUUCCCUUGCGUCUGAUUGAGGAACCCCUACUCUUCUCGCAUCCUAAAACGAGAAACGGCUGCGAGAAAGCCAGCGUAACCGGGGCGACGUCCCAGGGCGCCCCCCGCGCGCCCUGCCGGACAGUAGACAGAUUUCCAAGAACAGAAACAUUGCAUGUCUGCAAAAACGUGGCUGAAACUCUAGUCCUUCGCCAUUUCUCCCCGCCCCGGAUCCACUUGUCUCUGUGAUUGCUGAACUUUCAUCCGUCGGUGAGGGUGGAAGGCCUGAUGAACAGAAAAGGGCUUCUAAGGACAGAACCUGGAUUUUUGUCUUGAAAGUACAAGUUCGCUGUUCAAGUUCAAAUUAAGAAUAACCUAGAUCCUGCUUCUCUCUGUAAGCGGCAUCUAAUUGUGCAAGAGCUCAGCCAUGCAGCCACCGCCACAGGCUGUCCCACCCAGCCUGGUGGGGCCGCCUCCAGCUGGGAGCCCUCCGAGCAUGUUCUGGUCCAGCAGCUCAUACAGGAGACAGGCGGUCACUAGUGGACCAUUGGCUUCAGUGACUUGCCCACUGCAGCCGGUAACGGAUCCGUUUGCUUUCAGUAGACAGGCACUUGAAAACACCUCGUCCAGAAGCAGCCCACCCGUUUUGCCCGCCUCGGCCCCACCAGCAUUUCUUCAGCACCCUGGUCUGCCUGCGCCUCACACAAAUGCUGCGUAUAGCUCCCAAGGGCCCUGCGAGCCUCUGCCGAGACCUCCGUCACAGCCCAGGCCAGUGGCAAGUCCACCUUCCAGUGUGUUGACCCCUCCAGCACCGCCGGGGCCUGAGGUGAACAGGAGUGCCCAGGUCGCUUCCAGCUCGGAGCACGAAGUUCAGGCUCCGUACAUUCCAGGAGCGGGUUCUGGCAGUCCUCACAGGGGCCCUCUGCACGGGGACCUGCCUGGGCCUGACAGACCCCCGAGUGGGCAGAACACUCACGGCAGUGCCGCGGCUCCAGCAGCGUCCCCUUUCUUCUCUCAGCCUCGUCAGCAGAUGCCAGGGCAGUGGGGGCCGGUGCAGGGAGGCCCCCAGCCCCCGGCUCAGCACUAUUGGCCCUGCCCAGAAGGACCUGUUCCGCAUGCGGCACCGCCGGCCUCCAGCGUCUCCCACGUCCCUGCGCUGUCCAGCCUGCCUCAGGGGUCUGACCACGAGUGGCACAGCCCUUCCGGCACAGGACCCUUGGCCGGUGGUGGAAGAGAUGAGGCAGCCUUCCUGCAAAGUGGAAACUACUCAGCAAGUAACUUUGAUCUUGAAAACGCAUUCAGGCAGACUUUCAGAGUUGGGAAUACCCGGGCUGGCCAGGAGUUCAGGCCGAACCCAGGAGCGAAUAAAGAGCAGCUGCCAACCCCUGCCCUUGUGAGUCCCUUCGCUCGGGUACAUAGCCCCGAAAGCCGUUCACACUGCCCACUGGGGGCCGGGAGCAGCCAGGCCCUGCCAGAAGCCGACUCGGGCGCGCUCUCCAUGUUUUUCCGCGGAGGAGAGACGGAAAAUGAGGAGACCCUCUCCUCUGAAAACGCGGGCUCUGCUGGUCCGGCUGACUUGGACGGUUUCUCCCCCAGCCGUGGCCUGGGCCCUCCUCCUGCACUUGGGGGAGCAGGCGGCGUUUACCAGGCCUUUCUCAGAGCCUCCCGCAGCGAGACCGCGCAGCCGGGUGGAGACACGCAACCUUACUUUCCUCAGUCUGCAGGCACCCAGCGCGAUAAACCAACCGCUCAGAACACAGCUGCUGCUUUGUGGGGUGGCGCGGCCGGUGCAGGGACUCGCGACACUGGUGGCUCGCGCUGUGAGAACGUGGAGAACGUAGACUUCACUCAGAACCAAGAGGUUCCGCCAAGUGAGCCCCCACGUUUGGAUGCUUCCUCCCCAGGCGAUCAGCUCAGAUGCGGGCCUCUUCCUGGGCCCGGGGUCCCCAGGCUCGCUGUCGCAGGCCACACUGGAGGUGGGGGCUCGAAUCUCGAGGCCCUGGACAUGCCACUGCACCCCGUGCGGUCUGAUAGCGUGUCCUCUAGUUACAGCAGCAAGAGCCACCGGAGCGUCCCCAGUGCAGCCAGGCCCCAGGACCUGGGCACUUUCAUCCAGCAGGAAGUGGGAAAACCUGAGGAUGAGGCUUCAGGGAGCUUUUUUAAGCAAAUAGAUUCUUCUCCUGUGGGAGGUGAGACAGAUGAGACCACCGUGAGCCAGAAUUACCACAGCAGCCUGUCCCAGCCUUUGACCCCAAGCCCCCCCAAACCUACAGGGAUAUUUCAGACAAGUGCAAAUAGUUCUUUUGAACCAGUGAAAUCCCACUUAGUCGGAGUAAAACCAAUCGAGGCAGAUCGUGCCAAUGUGGUGGGUGAGGUAAGGGAGACCCAUGCUCACCAGAAGCGCAGACCAGCCGCUGCACCGCCUGACACCUGCCCUGGCAACCUGGAGCAGCCACCAGACAACAUGGAGACCCUCCUCCCACCCCAGGUCUGUCCUCUGCCUCUUCUCGCACCUGCAGAAGCCGGUCACAGGCUUCCGCAGCCUGGGGGGCCACCCUUGGAGACUGUGCUUCCCACACCUGAGAAGAGGCCCUCGACCAGGGCCCAGGGAGCCGUGAAGUGUGAGAGCCCAGCAACGACUCUGUGGGCACAGAACGAACUGCCAGACUUUGGGGGCAACGUCCUUUUAGCCCCUGCUGCUCCCGUGCUUCACGUGCCUGGAAAACCUCAGCCGUCUGAAGUGGUUCAGCCUCCAGAUGAGGGGGUGUCUGGUCAGCUGUCCCAGCAGCCAGGCUGCCUCCCCCCCCUGCAGAGUGGGGAUGGCAUUGGUGCUUCUGAGAACCUCGAGAACCCUCCCAAGAUGGGAGAUGAGGAGGCUCUCCUGUCUCAGGCAGGUUCUGGUUAUGCCAGUCUGUUGUCCUCACCACCCACUGAAUCUUUGCAAAAUCAACCGGUCUUGAUUGCUCAGCCUGAUCUGAGCUCUAAUCUGGCUCAGCCCAUUCAUUUUUCUGUGUCCUCGUCGAGUCCUAAUGAGAAGACUCAGUCCUGGAGAGAGGCUCGGGUUGGGGACAGGUCUACCAUGAGCAGCCGGGCCAUGGGGAGCGAUUCUGGAGAAGCCACACCUCUGUCUGGGGUUCCAGCCAGCUCUCUCAUCUGCUCACCUCUGCCUAACAACCUUGGCCAGGGUAAUUUUCCACACGUUUCUGAAAUUCUUCCCACCCAACCUGCUAAUUUGCUGGUUCAACCACCCUCUCAUCCAGCUCCAAAGAACUUGCUUCCAGAAGGUCAGAAGAUUCACAGUUCAGAGAACGCUCUCCCAGAGCUGGGUAACAGCCCUGCUGGGAACACAGGCAUCACGUUGGUGUCGCCCACAAACACUGCCCCGGAAGCCCACAGUAAUAAGGCAAAUCACCCCAGUAAUUGGGAAGAGACUUCAGGAGCACUGGACUUCACACUAAAUAGGACUUUGGAACAUCCCAUGAGAAUGUAUAGCCUGUCCCAUUCUGAUGGCCCAGCCUCUUAUCAGCAAACCAUCCCCAACCAUCCCAGACAGCCUGGGCCUGGGGUGCAUAACCCAGACCAUCUCUACCAACAGAGGACAGAAGGCGCUCAGGACCAGUGCAGCCCAGACAGGGCCCAGCAGGAGCUAGCUCCUCCCCUACAAGGGCCCAAAGCAGCACCUUCAGAACCCUCAAACCCAGAAAGUCCACUAGCACAAGGACAGCCCCAGAACCCAGCCCAGCCACCUGCAAGUCCAGCUCCAGCUGACUCGGGUCAGCAGCUGCUGCCUCGGCCACCUCAGUCCUCCAGCGCGUCGGUCGUGUCCAGCAGCUCCAGCCAGGCAGCUGUGCCACCGGGCCAGCAUUGGAUGCAGCCGCAGCCCCUGGACUCCGCGUCCUCUUACUAUUACAGAGCCCCGUAUGAUGGCUGCCAAGCCCAGUACCCCUCACCGUACCCUCCAGACCCUGGCACAGCUCCACUCUGCUACCAGGACAUCUAUGGCCUGUACGAGCCCAGAUACAGGCCCUACAAUAGUGCAGCAUCCACCUACGCUGAGAACUACCGCUACCCCGAGCCCGAGCGGCCCAGCUCCCGGGCGAGUCACUGCUCAGAUCGGCCAUCUGCCAGGCAAGGGCAUCCUGAAGAUUACUACGGUUCCAGGCGUGGAUGGAGCAGCCAGAGCGAUUAUGCCAACUACUACUGCGGCCAGUACGAGUACGCAGAUCCGGGUCGCUGGGAUCGAUACGCCUAUGGUUCUGGGUUCAGGGAUCCCCGCCCCUAUGACCGCAGGUAUUGGUAUGACAUGGAGUACGACCCGUACAGGAAAGAAAGCUACGCUUACGCUGACAGGCCCGAGAGGUAUGACGACCCCUGGAGGUACGACCCUCGCUUCACAGGGAGUUUUGAUGACGACCCUGAGCCCCACAGGGACCCUUACGGGGACGACGUGGACCGGCGCAGUGUGCACAGUGAGCACUCGGGGCAGAGCCUUCGCAGUGCGCCCAGCGUGCACAGCCGCCACAGCAGCUUCAGUGCCCACUCGCAGCAGAGUCAGGUUUACAGAAGCUGCAAUGUGACUGGGGGUCCUUAUGAGGCCCCACCUCCGCCGGGCUCCUUCCACGGGGACUAUGCCUAUGACACCUACGUGAGCAAUUUCAGCAGUGCCCAGGGCUUCCCAGAGUACGGCUACCCUGCUGACACCGGUUGGCCCACCAUGGAGCAAGCUCCGUCGAGACCCACGUCUCCCGAGAAGUUCUCCGUGCCUCACGUCUGUGCCAGGUUCGGUCCUGGCGGGCAGCUCAUCCGGGUGAUCCCCAAUCUGCCUUCGGAAGGACAGCCCGCCCUGGUGGAAGUGCACAGCAUGGAGACGCUGCUGCAGCACAUGCCGGAGCAGGAGGAGAUGCGCGCGUUCCCGGGGCCACUGGGCAAAGACGACACCCAUAAAGUGGAUGUUAUUAAUUUUGCACAGAGCAAAGCCACACAAUGUUUGCAGAACGGAAACUUAAUCGACAAAGAGUCUGCAAAUCUUCUCUGGAACUUGAUCGUUCUGAUGUGCAGACAGAAUGGGACCGUGGUGGGAACAGACAUCGCGGAACUGUUGUUACAAGACCACAAAACAGUGUGGCUUCCUGGGAAGUCACCCAACGAGGCCAAUCUGAUUGAUUUUACAAACGAGGCCUUGGAUCGAGCCGAGGAGGAGGAGUCGGGGGAGGCCCAGCUCUCGUUUCUCACGGACAGUCAGGCCACCAGCACCGACACGCUGGAGAAAGAGACGGAGCGGUUCAGAGAGCUGCUGCUGUACGGCCGCAAGAAGGAUGCUCUGGAGUCUGCGAUGAAAAAUGGCUUGUGGGGCCAUGCCCUGUUACUCGCAAGCAAGAUGGACAGCCGGACACAUGCCAGAGUCAUGACCAGGUUCGCCAACAGUCUUCCAAUCAACGACCCUUUGCAGACCGUCUACCAGCUGAUGUCCGGGCGGAUGCCUGCAGCAUCCACGUGUUGCGGAGACGAGAAGUGGGGCGACUGGAGGCCGCACCUGGCUAUGGUUUUGUCCAACCUGAACAACAACAUGGACGUGGAGUCCAGGACAAUGGCCACAAUGGGAGACACGCUAGCUUCAAAAGGCCUCUUGGAUGCUGCGCACUUUUGCUACCUCAUGGCCGAGGUGGGAUUUGGGUUUUACACAAAGAAAACCACGAAACUUGUCUUAAUUGGGUCGAACCACAGUUUGCCAUUUUUGAAGUUUGCGACCAAUGAAGCUAUCCAGAGGACGGAGGCCUAUGAGUACGCCCAGUCGCUGGGGGCGCAGUCCAGCCCCAUGCCCAACUUCCAGGUGUUCAAGUUCAUCUACUCCUGCCGCCUGGCCGACAUGGGACUGGCCACACAGGCCUUCCACUACUGCGAGGCGAUAGCCAGGAGCGUCCUGCGGCAGCCCCACCGGCACUCCCCCGUGCUCAUCAGCCAGCUGCUGCAGGUCUCUUCCCAGUUACGCCUCUUCGACCCUCAGCUGAAAGCGAAGCCGGAGGAGGAGGCCUUCGUGGAGCCCGCCUGGCUGGUGCAGCUGCAGCGCGUGCAGAAGCAGGUGCAGGAGGGCGCUGUGGUGUGGAGUCAGGGUGCCGUCUUCCCCCAGCGCUGUCCCAGCACACCAAGCUCCGAGGUGGGGCAGCCUGACGGCCCAGGACUCGAGCAGCCCUUGGACCUGGGCACUGAGAAUCCACUACUGGCGCCCCCUGUGCCCAGUGCUGAGCAGGGCAUGUGGCUGCUGCCUGUAGCUCCACCGACGCUCCCCGGUGGCCAGCCCGCCACCCCUGCCAGGGUGCCAAUGUUCCCGGUGCCGCCCCCAGGCACUGUUGAGCCGGGGCCUGGUGGUGGAGCCCCAGGGUCUGUGCUUGGCUUCGCAGAGCCCUCUGGGCCUGAUCCUGCAGCGCUGUACCCAGGGCCUGGCAUGCCACCCAGCACACCGUCUCUUCAGGAAGGUGAACAGCUGCUCCGGACCCAGGGCUCAGGGACGCUGCCACAGGACACCCACGGAAGAAGCUCACUGGCAGAGCGGAGAGAAGAGGAUUUUGGUGGCAAAUCGGAUAAUGUGGGCUCCUCGAGGAAGCCGCAGGACGCUGAGGCCCCCCCGGGGUGGGGCGGUGCCAGCCUGGGUUCCCUGCAGCCUCCAUCUUUGACACCUGCUCCUGAAGUGAAGAGCCCGGUACAAGCAGCCAAAACAGAGCCCAGAGAGCCCAAGAAGAGUGGCGCGUCCUGGCUCUCUCGCUGGCUGUCAGGGAAGAAGAGGACAGAAGCACACCUGCCGGACGACAAGAACAAAUCGAUCGUCUGGGACGAGAAGAAGAACCGAUGGGUGGACACCAACGAGCCCGAGGAGGAGAAGAAGGCUCCGCCCCCGCCUCCGGUGCUGCUUCCCAACGCUCCCCAAGCUGCCACCGCUGAGCCUGGGGGGCCCCCCAGAGCCUCUGUGAACAUGUUUUCUAGAAAAGCAGCCGGAACUCGAGCGCGCUACGUGGACGUCUUGAACCCCGGCGGGCCCCAGCGCGCGGACCUGGCUCCUGCCCCCGCAGACCUCUUUGCCCCACUUGCCCCACUCCCGAUCCCAACGCACUUGUUCGGACCAAACCCAGAUGCAGAGGGAGCCCCACCCGCAGAAGCCUCUAGCAGGGAAGGGCGCUGGCCGGCUGGGGGUCCAGCUCAUCCCGAACCUUCCUCGGAGCCCCAGCUUUCGCGCUGCAGCUCGAUGAGCUCGCUGUCACGAGAAGUGAGCCAGCACUUGAAUCAGGCUCCCAGUGACUGCCCCCCGGCAGGGGACCCCCCCCAGGCGGCCGUGGCCUUCUACAACCCCACGCAGUUCACACAGGCCUCUGUCACCUCCGCAAGCUCAAGGUCGGGGAGGGUUGGCCAGAGGAAGUACCCGGUGUUGAGGUAGACGGCCCUGCUCUACACCAGCAUUCGGCCCGAAACGACUCCACCAACACUCAGACUGAUGGCCUGCGGCCUCCCUGCGCCCACAUGGACAGCAGGGACUCGGAGCCGCAGCUCCGCACUGUCUGCAGGAAGUGUCACCCGCGUUAACCCCACAGCCCUCAGGUCUGGACGGGGGAGAGCCUGUGGCUCCUACCUUUCACCUACAGAGCGGGUUCAGGACAGCGGUCAGUCACUUCAGAACGUACCCCGAGUACAGCGACUCCCUUUGCUGCCGGGGGAACUUGGAACUGCGGGAACCAGGGCGUCUCCCAAAGCCUGGCGGCGAGUCCGUCAGAUUCCUCCCGGUUCCCCCGAGAUGCUGGAAGAAAGGGAGCCUGUGACUGGGGCACACUGAGGCCUGCUCUGCAGCCGCGCAGUCGGCAGCUGCCCAGCGGUGCAGACCCAGAGCGCGGCUGGUGGGCGGGCCUCGGCGGGCCUCAGGGCGUGGUCACUGCCCGGCCUCUGCCAGGUCCAGGCACCCGGCACCCCCGCGUCUCUCCUGCACAGACCUUGCAGUGGCGCCGGAUUCUCUGCCCGACUGGGACCGCGAGGGCUUCCCGCUGCCGGGGCCUGGCUGCACGCGCCGCGAGGAGAGGCCGCAGCAGAGCUUGUCCGGUGCCGCUGGUCCUCCCGGCAGCCCUGGGUGGAGUGUGGCUCUUUGUCUGGGUCUCUUCAGCGAGUAGCGUGGCCGGGCUUAGGGCAGCCGUGUUGUGGCUGCCACACUCUACACGCCCGAGCCGCAUUACCGCUGGUGGCUUCAGGGUGCCGGCCAGCUGCAGGCUUCCUCUCACCGGGUGACAGCGGCAGCGUUGUAAACAAAGUGGCUAAAAUAAUUUCUUGGCAGAAGCUCCUGAAGCUGGUAUUUCUGCCCCUGGAAUGUCCCCACACUGACCGUCAGUAGCUGGUGUGUGACUCUCCGCCGCCUGAGUCUGCAGAGGGAGGCCUUCCUCCUAUCAGACUCAGGGCUUCAAGGCUUCAUCGACUGUUCCUAAAACUGUUCACAUUCUUGUGACAUCUAAAGAGACUGAAGAAAGAUUAAAAUAUUUAUAAAAAUCAUUAGGAACUAAUUUCUGUAGUUCUGCUUGGUAUUUUAAAUUUCUGUAGUCGUGUGACUGGACUGGGCACAGGUCCUCCUGUUCCCUGGUUCGGGGAUCGCGUAGGAAGGGCCCACAGAAUGUCCGCAGCCCUGCGUGACCGGACCCACAGUUCUCACUGGGAAAGGCCCGGCCCCAGCGGUGUGUCUCUUGUUCCCUAGGUCAGCAGGGUGUGACUCCUGGGGCCUGAGACCCUCCUGUCCUCGGCUUCCUCCAGCCCAUUGUUCUCUGUUAGUGACUUUUAAUUCAAGAAGCUUCCUCCAGGUGGGAGCUGCUAUUUUUCCUAAAUGCAAAUUGUUACACUGCAAAUUGUUAAAUAAAAUAUUUUGC